UUUAUGCUUAAACAAAUACAAACUAUCAACUGCAUAGCUUUUAAAAGAAAUUCCAUUUUAAGAACAUUCAUGAAUUUCAUUGUCUCUGCAUUCAAACUAUUUGUUUCUUUGAAUCAAAUGAUGAGAAUGACAUAUCCUAAGGUUUCCCUUUUUGCUUUGGUUGACAGGAAUUUCAGAGUUAAAUAUAAGCCUAGUUUCCUAAUUCCCUGGUACUCUCUCUCUCUCCCUUUAAUCUGGCAUUUAAUCUUUCUCUUCCAUGUCUGUAUUUUCUACAUCUGCACUGUAUAGUAUAAUAGCUUCUAGUCACAUCUGGCUAUUGAGCACUUGACAGGUAUAGCUCGUCCAAAUUGGGAUGUGCUAUAAGUGUAAAAUAUUUCAAUUUUUAAUAUUGAUUAUAUGUUGAAUGACAUUUUGGAUAUAUUGGGUUAAAUAAAAUAUAUUAUUAAACUUUGCUGUUUCUUAUGACUUUUCUUUUUACUACUAGAAAAAUUUAAAUUACAUAUGUGAAAAAAUUACAUGACUUGCAUUUGUGACAUUCAUUAUAUUUCUGUUGGACAUUUCUGUUCUAUAAUUAUCCUGUUUUGAGUGUUAUUGUAAACUACCUAAAAUAUCUUUGGAAAGCAAGUGAAGUAGAAAAUGCAAAGGAGGUAAUGGCAGUGGAUAGAGUGAGAAAGGGGAGGUUGAUUGGGACAUAUACUUCUUCUUGUCAGUCCAUUUGUCUUUUAUUCUUUGAGUUACAUACAUAACCCCUCGGUAGAGUGUGUUUUCAGCUGUUCUUCUCAGGUGAGUAGUGUUCUCAUGGCUCUGCCUAGUCUCUUGGAAAAGUUGUUUUACUUGAGCCAACAAAUUGGAAAGGAUCUGAUGGGACAAUUCACACCACACUGCAAAUGACUGAUAACAUUGUGUUCACCCCUCUCAGGGGUAUUUCCAUUUUAACAGGGAACAAUCCCUGAACCCAAAGGAAUGAAUCCCUAAUGGUGGAGUUUCAGGCAUCAGUGACAGGCUGAACCCGGACUCCCAGGGCCCACGCUUACACCUGACAAAUGAUGGCCUGAGCUAUGAGCAAACAGGACUACAUGAACACUUCGGUGCAAGAACCCCCUCUUGACUACUCCUUCCGAAGCAUCCACGUGAUUCAAGAUCUGAUCAGCGAGGAGCCAAGGACAGGGCUACGACCACUGAAGCACUCAAAGUCAGGGAAGUCACUGACCCAGUCCCUGUGGCUAAACAACAAUGUCCUCAAUGAGCUGAGAGACUUCAACCAGGUGAUUUCAAAACUGCUGGAGCACCCGGAGAACCUGGCCUGGAUCGACCUGUCUUUCAAUGACCUGACUUCCAUUGACCCUGUCCUGGCAACUUUAUUCAAUCUAAGUGUCCUCUACCUCCAUGGCAAUAGCAUCCAGCGCCUGGGAGAGGUAAAUAAGCUGGCUGUCCUCCCUCGGCUCCGGAGCCUGACACUCCAUGGUAACCCCAUAGAGGAAGAGAAGGGGUAUAGGUCAGAUCCUGAUACGGCUGGUGGAAGAAAAGGCCCCUACUUGUGUGCUGGGCUGGGCACCUACUGCGGGUACUCCACACUGCUUAUUGCCCGUGCCCUGCCCCCUGGGGGUCGCCUUGUCACCGUAGAGCGGGACCCAUGCACUGCAGAGGUGGCUGAAAAACUCAUUCGCCUGGCUGGCUUCGAUGAGCGCACGGUGGAACUCAUCGUGGGUAGCUCAGAGGAGGUGAUCCCACGUCUGCGAACCAAGUACCAGCUGAGCCGAGUAGACUUGGUGCUUCUGGCACACCGGCCCCGAUGUUACCUGCGGGACCUGCAGCUGCUGGAAGCCCAUGCCCUGCUGCCAGCUGGUGCCACUGUGUUGGCUGACCGUGUGCUCUUCCCUGGUGCACCCCGCUUCCUGCAGUAUGCCAAGAGCUGUGGCCGCUACCGCUGCCGCCUCCACCAUACUGGCCUCCCUGACUUCCCUGCCAUCAAGGAUAGCAUAGCCCAGCUCACCUACGCAGGGCCUGGAUGAGGUCCAGACCCAGGGGUGUUUACAGCUGCC